GUCCGGGGAGAGCGUGCAUAUUUGACUUUUUCUUUUUCUUUUCCUUUUCUUUUUUUCCACUUCAAAUUAGUAUCCCAACGCGUGUAACGUUUGGAGGCCGUUUUGUUGCCAUAUUUUCCGCUUAUUAUCCUCUGACAUUUAAAUGCGUCUCAUCACACCUGGAACUCCGCGCAGCUUCACCUCCAAUCCGAUUCUUUUGAUGUGCGGGAGCUUGAUUCCGUCUGGAUAUCAGCCUGCAACCCCGCCUGUCUGACAGCCAGCAUAAACACUCAGAGGCAUUUCCACCCAAAGCACCAACACGCAUCUGCAAGUUGACAACCAGCCAGUGGGAGAGCCAGCCAGCCACUGAAGCAGCCUGCAAGUUUUCUAACUGCCGGGACCAAAGUGAGAGAAACACUACAGCUGUGCGUCGGACUGAAGGGGAGCCAUGUUGAUCAUCCUAGCCUUCAUCAUCCUCUUUCACCUGGCGGCCACCAUCCUGCUCUUCGUUGCUACCAUUCACAAUGCAUGGUGGGUGGUGCAGCCAGCCGGACGUGAUGUAAUUUACACGGACUUGUGGUACUCCUGUAACUCCACCUGCUACCCUGUGGAGAACAGCCACUCUGCCGAUGCAGCUUAUCUGCAGGCAGUCCAGGCCUCCAUGAUCCUGGCCACCAUUUUAUGUUGCGUCAGCUUCUUCGUCUUCAUCCUCCAGCUGUUCAGGAUCAAACAGGGGGAGAGAUUCGUCUUCACAGCUUCUAUCCAACUUCUGGCUUCUCUAUGUGUGAUGAUCGGGGCGUCCAUCUACACGGCUCAGCACAGGAGCUUCCAUGAGAGAGGUGUCAGGGACGGCUCCUACGGCUCCUCCUACAUCCUGGCGUGGGUCAGCUUCCCCAUGACUCUCAUCAGCGGCGUCAUGUACCUGGUGCUCAGGAAACGCAAAUGAUGCAGCAGCCUUGAUAUACAGGAUAUUGGACACAUGCAAACAAACGUUCUCUUUCUUACCCUGAAGUCUUUUUUUUUUUUUUUUUUAGUAUUGAAGUUAAAGAAAAAUGGCUGCACAUGUUUGGAUGACAGGUUCAAAACCGGACAGUUUGUGACAAAACACCCUGCACGACAGUUGUGUGAAACACGAACAGGUCGUGACCUUCUCCGUUCUCAUGUUGCACUGUUCUUAGUAAAUGUGGUUUAAGAAAAAAAACCAGAGUGAGGGACCAAACCCACCGUAAAAAUACAGCUUACAUUUCCUGAGAACAUACUUCACCUUUGCUGUCUUCCUUUCACGAGUUCUGUUCCAACACUGCUUUUUCUCCACCUCGUCUCAUUGUUCCCUUUACCAGCCGCUUGCUCUAACCUUCAUAGGAAUGUUUCCUCAAGAAGACAAGUGUGGAGAAUUUUCUCACUGGGAAACGGCAAUAGGAUUUACCGAAGGGCCCAUUCCUAUAAUUGAAACUAAUCAGAAUUAGUUUUGUACAUAUUUGCUGUGUUUGUAUAGUUCAGUUUAGACUUAGACUCCAGUAAUACAAAUAUAUCACUUUGGAAAAAAGUAUGUUAGCUAUAGGGUAGAGGAAGUAUAAUGAAGUAGUAGUUUAAUAUAAUACAGUAUGUAGGAUUUUGACCCUUUGUAUUCUUUUAUUACUGACUUGUGUUUUAAUGGUGAAAGAGGAACCAAGUAGGUGCUGUGAUACUUAAUAAAUGGGAUAAAAUAAAAAUGAACAUUUAUUUGUUCUUGUUAGUUGCAUUUUCACACCUCUGAAAAAAAGGCAACAACUAUUUAUUGUUUGAAACCACUGUUUUGUUUUGUAUUUUACCAUCAUGUGAGUUAAGACAUAUGAAGUUGUCAUUAUUUUUCCCCUCUGGCCAGGCCGCUGCUCCAUUUCUAGGACAUUUCUGCCCGAAGCCUUUAAUAAGAAUAAAUUUGGUACUGUAUUAUAAAAGCUACUGGAUUUGCCUGAAUCAUUUCAAACAGCAGCCGUUCUGGCAGUGUUGACUGGGAUUUGGCUUUGGAGGUGGAACAUAUUGGGAGAGCUGCAGGGUAUGAACUUUGUCUUGGAAACAGCUGUUAGGCUUGGACUUAAGAAAUGCUGAUUUAUGACAGAAAUGUCGGAUGAGGUUUAGAGCUGCUAAUUGAAAAGCGCUAAAUUAUCAAGGACCGAGGUGAAGCUGUGGAAGUAAGUUUAUUAUGAUUUGUUAUCUUACAACUUAAAAAAAAAAAAAACAAUACCACUUCUGACCAUAAGGGGGCAACAUAUCCCAAGAAAGUGAACUCAAAUACAGAGGAGAACUACUGUACAUCGAUAAACAACUGAGCCAAUUCUCAAUAACAAAGUGCACCUCCAGAGGGACAAAGUGGUAUUACAAGAUGCGCUGGACUAAUCUCUUCAUAUUAGCACAAUACUUUCAGUGGCUCUUUUGUCAACACAGCAGCUCUGUAUGUGGUCAGUAGUGGAAUUGCUAGAUUGAGCUAAAAAAUAUAGUUUAAUAUGUCCAGGAUGUCAUACUAGAGGUCAAGUUGUGAUGUGUUUUUAUUUGUACAUUAUAGACAAUUUGCCAUCUUAACAGUUCAUCUCAAACAAAGUUUUAAUAUGAAAAUAAAGACUGACGUCAAAAUGAGCCAUUUCUUUUUAUUACCAAUGGUGAAAAUAUUGAAUCUCAUUCAGUUACAUUGCUUUCAAAACAAACCUAAUUUAAACAUAUAUUCUGACUCAUUUCAGUUUUACUAGUCCGUCUCGGGACAUAACCUAAUAGAGCUAACAAGAACCAUGGGACAAUAAUUUAUAGUCACAUUUUCUUUUAUAGCCUAAACUGUACUUGGCAUUUGUUUUGUUUUCUUUAAAAGAAAUCAGUUUAUUCUUUAAAAGUAUUAAUUCUACAUGCAUUGAGCAUUUUAUGUUACUGUAUAAUGUUUUAAUACUUAAACAAGUUUGUUUAAUUGCAUGCCAUUUUCAGUUAUUAAGUGUCAGCUUUCUUACAGUCUCUUCUAGCUCUUCUGCUGUUUUUUGUUUAGGAGUGAUUAAAUGACAGCAUGCUAUUUAUUUUGAUCUCUGUUGCAGCACUAGUGGCAGCUUCAGUCAUUUGAAAGGUUUUUUGUCUUCAUGUGUCAUCAAACUAAAACAGUUGUCUGCUAUUGGCACCCAGUGGUCUCAUGGAGAACUGCACCAUGUUGUGUUUUCUGUUGCAAAAUAUUGCUCUUCAUCUAUUGGUUAUAAAGAUAAAUAAAUGUAAAUGUUAGUAUUA